AUGUGCAAAUCUGAGGCAGAUCGUUAUCAUCCAAAGGGAAAAGCUAUGGCAAGGUCGGGGGAUGAUGAUGUAAAUGGUGUGGGUCAAGGAUUAAAUGACAGUCGUUAUGUAGGCGAAAAUGUCGAUGAUCCAAUUGAGCUUUCUUCAGACAGGCUAAGAAUCAAUGAUGAUUUGAACGAAACCAUUCGUAACUAUUGUAUUCUGAUAUCAUGCAGGCUGUAUAGUCUGAUUAUCAGACUACUGGAAAAGGAGUUGUGGUCUAAGCAAAUACCAGCACGUGUGGUGCAGGGUUGUUUUGCUGAACUGCCAAGUACGAUAUGGUUGUAUGACGAGGAACUCAGUGAGAACCAUGAAUGUGUUUUGAAAAUAAGGGGUGAUACGCAUGAGACAUGCCUUAAAAAGGGAUGGUACAAGUUUUCCAAAGGAAGAAAAUUACAGGAGGGCGAUAUCUUGAGAUUCUAUUAUAGAUAUCUGCCGGUGAUGGAAAUCAUAGUCUGUGUGGAGCGUGGGAAUGAGAAUCGUUGA